AUGUCGUCUAUCACCGUUAUUUCACCCACAACUCAACAACCUAUUGCUGAAGUGUCUUGUCUUUCAAAGAAGGACAUCGACAACGUUGUCCAGAACGCAGCCGAGGCUUUUAAGCUUUGGAAAAAGGUGCCAGUAUCCGACAAGGUAGCUAUCAUCGACAACUUCUUGAAGCUAUUUCCAACCAAACAGGAAGACAUCAACAACUCUAUCGCAAGUCAAAUGGGUAGACCGGCAAAGUAUGGCGCAGGCGAAGUGAAGGGUGUUUUGGAACGAGCUUCGUAUAUGAACAAAGUGGCGGUUCAGAGCCUUCAGGAUGAGCAAUUCAACGAUCAACAAGGGUUCACGCGCUUUUUGCGUAAGGAACCCUUAGGCCCUAUUCUCAUCAUUGCUGCAUGGAAUUAUCCUUACUUGACCAUGGUCAACAAUGUCAUCCCGGCGUUACUUGCCGGCAACACGGUGUUACUGAAGCAGUCUCCUCAAACACCUCUGUGUGCCGAUAUCUUUGCACAAACUUUACAUGAAGCUGGCAUUCCCAAGAAUGUAUUGCAAGUAACCCAUGUGGAUGACGAAGGUGCCGACUAUUUGGUGCAGCAUCCUCAGAUCAAGUUUGUCAACUUUACAGGCUCGAUUGAGAUAGGGAAAAAGAUUCGCAAAUCCAUCGGUGAAAGCGGAAAGCUCAUUGGUUCGGCUAUGGAGCUCGGAGGAAAGGAUCCCGCGUAUGUAUGCGAUGAUAGCAACCUCGAUUAUGCCGUGGAGAACAUUGUAGAUGGAGCUUUUUUCAACUCUGGCCAAUGCUGUUGUGCAAUUGAACGAUGCUAUGUGCAAGAAUCCGUGUAUGACGAAUUUGUGGAAAAGGCCGUUGCGCUUACCAAGAAUUAUGUGCUUGGCAACCCAACAGAUCCAGAAUCCAACCUUGGUCCUAUGGCUAACGUGCGAUUUGCCGACAAAGUUCGAGGCCAGAUUCAAGAUGCUGUGGAAAAAGGCGCCAAGACAUUAAUUGAUACUGGCAAGUUAUUCCCUGCUGACAAGGCUGGCACUGCGUUUGUUGCUCCGCAAAUCUUGGUGGACGUCGACCACUCCAUGGCGGUGAUGCAGGAUGAAACGUUUGGUCCGGUACUGGCCAUCAUGAAAGUCAAGUCUGAUCAAGAGGCCGUGCAAUUGAUGAAUGAUAGUCGUUAUGGACUGACCGCCAGCAUUUGGACCAAGGACGCUCAACGAGCUUUGGACAUCGGAGAUGAAAUCGAGACUGGUACCUGGUUCAUGAACCGCUGUGACUAUAUUGAUCCCGGUCUUUGUUGGGUUGGCGCCAAGGACAGUGGACUUGGCUUCAGUAUGAGCCAUCACGGCUUUGAUCAAUUUGUUCGUCCAAAGUCUUUCCACUUGAAAUUGGCUCAAAAUUAG